AUGUCACAAAAUUCGGAAAUUCCUUAUACAAUACCUUUAAAACCGAAUCGUUCACUUUUAAACCCAAAAUUUGAAGGUUACAAGUUAAAACUUUUUGAUGAAAACAAUCGAUUGCAACGUUUUCCUUUACCUUCACCAGGAAUUUCUUUACCAAAGAUUCCACCAAAUUCCAAAUUAUCCUAUAAAGAAAUUCAAAAUGAUAAUUUAGAUUCAAUUGUAUAUUCAGAGUAUCCUUCAUUAAAAGCUCUUUCCCCAACUUUAUUACUUGCGACAAAUGGUUAUGGUACAAUUUUCCUUGUUCAAAUUGAAAAGAAUGAAUUUAAUUCUUAUUAUGGAAAAAUUAUUUAUCGUACAGAAUUUAAUGUUCAUGUUGAUGAUGAAUCUAAGGAAAUACGCGUACCAUGUGUAAUUCUUGAUGCUAAAAUUAUAGGAGAAAGAGAUAACGCGCAUGUACUAUUUUUAGUUUAUAAUACAUCCCAAUAUUCAAAAAUUCCUAUUGCCACACAAAAUUCAUCAAAAAAUGAUUUAAAGAAUAAGACUUUAUUUGAUGUUAGUUUGAUUAGAAUACCUUUGAAACCUCCUUAUGAUAUACAAGUAAUUCACGUUAUUCGUGGGACAGAAAUUCCUAAGUAUUGUAGUAUUGAACAAAGUGGAGAUGGUUACGUGAUUGGUAGUAAUGAUUUAUAUGGAUACAAAAAUGUUGAAGAGAUUUCCACUAAAGAUGAUGAAAUUAAAGAUGAUGAAAUUAAAGAUGAUGAAAUUAAAAAUGAUAAUAAUACGAAUAUAGUAAAAUCACAAAAAGUAGAAAAAUUUGAUAAAGAUCAAGUUAAAGAACCUCCUUAUAUAUGGACUCAAACUUCAACAGAUGUUACAGUAUGUUUCAACCUUUCGCCCGGGACACCUAAAUCAGCUGUUCAUUGUAAUUUUUCAAAGACGCACCUUUCUCUCACAAUUCAACAUCACGACAAUAAAAGUCAUCAUGAUAAAUCUUUACCAUGUUAUGUAUUCACAAAAUUAUUUGAUUUGAUUGAUCCAGACGCGUCUCUCUGGACAAUUGAAUCAAAAAUAGGUUUAUUAACAUUACACCUCGAAAAACAUCAUAAUAACACACGUUGGUCACAUAUUUUUCAAAAUGAUGAUGGAGUUUUUGAAACAAUUGAUCCCAAUGAAUUUGCAGAAUUUCGUGAACGCUUAGAAAAAUAUACCACGGAAUUAUUGAAUUCACCUAAUCAACAACUUGAUAAAUUUAAAUCACCUAUCAGUCAUGAGAUGGAAGAAUCGAUUGAUUAUGAAGGGAAUAUGGCCACUUUUUAUUGGAUAAAUCUUGAAGGAAAAACUCGUGCAUCUGCAGGAGUCGAAUCCAAUGAUUCAUCACCACCAUUAACAAUGACACAUAUUGCUACUUUUAAUGCAUUGGCAUUUGUACAAGCAUCAAAACGAGAAAAACGUUUUAUGUAUCAUGAUCCAUCCAAUCGUUUUGUAAUUAUUCUUGAAGGGAAUCAUCAUGCAUUUGUUUAUUGGGAUCAUGAUAAUCAUAAAGAACAUGGAGAACAAUCUGUUGUGGAUUUUGUAGAAAGCAAAUUUAAUCGACCAGACUUGAUUGGUAUUCAAAUGGUAGAUUUUAAGAAUGCUGUAAUAUUGGUUCUUACAACUGAUUCUUUAAUAAUUGUGAAUUUGAUAUAA